UGUAACAUGACUUCAAAUGAUGGUGUUGGUGUGACGGAGAUUGAACACGACAGUGAAGCAAGAACACUUGUGAACGGAUAUAACGAAAAAGGCUCUUAUAAUCGAACGAUUAAGUAUGGCAUUUCUACCGAGCAGAUUGUCGCCAUUAUUAAUCAGUCAAUCAAAUGUGAGCAGUUUAUAAAGUAUGAGUGUUAUCAUAGCAAGCUGUUAAAAAGCUCGACUGGUUGGUGGGUGUCACGUCAAGGUUUAAAAAUGAGUUACUGGGGUGGAGCGGCAGUCGACAGUGGAAAAUGUGCCUGUGGAAUGAACAACAGCUGUGCAGGUGGAAAAAAAUGUAAUUGUGACAAUAACGACGCGAUAUGGCGUGAAGACAGUGGAUAUUUGACAGACAAGAGGACACUGCCUGUCAUUGAACUGAGAUUUGGAGAUACCGGUGUGGCCAAUAGUGGAGAAAAUGAGUGUGGUUUUCAUACACUCGGGAAAUUGCGUUGCUGGGGUUGA